ACAUAUUUAAAUAAAGAAGCAAAAGAGAUAUAAAUAUGGUGCAAAAGAUGACAUAGAACAGAAGAUGCACAGAGACCACCAUCCAAUGAUUUAAAUGUAUAUAUGCGGUAACCCUCUAACCACGUGGCGAAUUACCAUUCCUCCUCAUUUGCCCCCGAAUGAUAGUCUUUUCAACUCACCGGAAAGAGACACAGAAACACUACAGAGAGAGAGAGAGAAAGAGGUAUAGUGUUUGAGAAGAGAGAAAGAGAGAGAUAAUGAAUCAAGAUGAGUUGUUAGGAACGCUAAGUUACGCCGGCAAGGCGCAGGAUAAGGUUUCCAUCGACACUCUCAUGCUCCGGUACCGUCCGAUCGCUCCAAAACCAACAACUGGUCAGCCAUGCGAUGACAACAAGACCUCAUCAUACGGUAUGAGCAAACGAACCAAACGAAAGUACGUUAGGGUUUCAAAGAAUAAUAACAUCACGUGUCGAAGAAAGAACAGAUCUGACGUGUCUGAUCAUCGAGAACAAGCUGGAGCCGUGACACUGCAACUCAUGCCGGAAAAGUCAGUUCUCACAGGCGACUCCACGCCGUUAGAUCAAGAUAGUCUCGAUCCGUUGGUGAAAACGAUAACCGGAGAGGAAACACGAGAAACCAACACGUGGACCAUGUUUAACGGCGGCUUCACGGCGGAGGUAGAGACGUGGGUGACGGUGGAGUCCGUUACUGGCGUAUCUGACGGUAGUUCUAGUUUUCAUACAGUGGAGUGUACGGACGUUGAGAUGGUGGAUAACCUAAGUAAGGACACGUGUCCAUCGUUCGUAUCUGAUGCCUCGAACCGAGUGGUGUGGGUAAACGAGGCUUACCGGAGAAAUGUUUCCGGUGAAGAUCCGUCGUUGACGGAUGUUACGGUGUGGUUGGUGAUGGAGGAGUCGACGGUGGGGAUGAUGUAUUGCAACUACAGAGCAUUCACGUGUAGGGUGAGGAUGCAGUACACGUGUCGGGAAACAAAGUACACCAAAACGGUGCCGUGUGAUGUGUGGAAAAUGGAGUUUGGUGGCUUUGCAUGGAGGCUAGAUACAACGGCUGCUCUCACUCUCUGGCUUUGAUGCUGGUUGCUGUUUCAAGCAGGAGGCAACUUUCUUUAGGCGUAAUAGAUUUUAGAGAAGCUUGAAGAAAUUGAGAAAAUAAUAUUUUCAAAAAAAAAAAAAAAAUCAAGAACCAAGGUGAUGACAAUGUCGAGAUGUAUGGAGAAGCUAAGAAUGCUUAAAUAUAUAGUACAUGUCGUAAUAAUGUCAAAUGUUUAUUGGCAAAGACAAA